ACUAAAUUCAAGAAGAAGAGUUGCAAUUUUGCUGAAUAGCCACGAAUAAAUGUCUAAUUGCAAGUCAUCUUCUGUUUGUAAUUCUGCAAACAUGCCAGGAGAACCCACUAUGAUGAAUUCAGAAGAGAUUGAUCAUGAGAAUUCGGUACCUACAAGAAGCUCCAGUGGUCAGCCAACUUUAUCUGGUAUUCCCUACACUUGCAAACAAAGACAAAAAACAAUUUACCACUGCUCAGAGUGUGGGAAAAGUUGUAAACAUAGAAGUGCUCUCCAAAUACAUCAGCGCAUUCACACAGGAGAGAAGCCUUAUUACUGCACAGAGUGUGGAAUGAGAUUUACGCACGAAGCUAAUUGCCGAAGACAUCAGCGUAUUCAUUCAGGAGAAAAGCCACAUCACUGCUCACAGUGUGGAAAAAGCUUUAGGAAUGCAGGGAACCUCAAAACACAUCAGCGCAUUCACACAGGAGAGAAGCCGUAUCACUGUUCAGACUGCGGAAAGAGUUUUACUGAACGUGGAAAGCUUGUAAAACACCAGUGCAUCCACACAGGAGAGAAGCCAUAUUGCUGUUCAGACUGCGGAAAGAGUUUUACUAAUCGUGGAAAGCUUGUAAAACACCAGCACAUCCACACAGGAGAAAAGCCCUAUUACUGCACAGAGUGUGGAAUGAGUUUUGCGCAAGAGGGUAAUCUCCAAAGACAUCAGCGUGUUCAUUCAAGAGAAAAGCCGUAUCUCUGCUCACAAUGUGGAAAAAGCUUUAGGGAAAGACGAACUCUCAAAAUACAUCAGCGCAUUCACACAGGAGAGAAGCCGUAUCACUGCUCACAGUGUGGAAAAAGCUUUAGGGAAAGACAAACUCUCAAAACACACCAGCGUAUUCAUACAGGAGAGAAGCCGUAUCACUGCUCAGAUUGCGGGAAGAGUUUUACUGUUAGUGGAAAUCUUGUAAAACACCAGCGCAUUCACACAGGAGAGAAGCCCUAUUACUGUUCAGACUGCGGGAAGAGUUUUACUGACAGCGGAAAACUUGUGAAACACCAACGCAUUCACACAGGAGAGAAGCCCUAUUACUGCUCAGUGUGUGGAAUGAGUUUUCAGCGAGACGAUCAUCUCCAAAGGCAUUGGCGUGUUCAUUCAGGAGAGAAGCCGUAUCUCUGCUCACAGUGUGGAAAAAGCUUUAGGGACAAAGGAGCUCUCAAAACACACCAGCGUAUUCACACAGGAGAGAAGCCGUAUCACUGCUUAGAUUGUGGGAAGAGUUUUACUGUUAGUGGAAAUCUUGUAAAACACCAGCGCAUUCACACAGGAGAGAAGCCCUAUUACUGUUCAGACUGCGGGAAGAGUUUUACUGACAGCGGAAAACUUGUGAAACACCAACGCAUUCACACAGGAGAGAAGCCCUAUUACUGCUCAGUGUGUGGAAUGAGUUUUCAGCGAGACGAUCAUCUCCAAAGGCAUUGGCGUGUUCAUUCAGGAGAAAAGCCGUAUCGCUGCUCACAGUGUGGAAAAAGCUUUAGGGACAAAGGAGCUCUCAAAACACACCAGCGCAUUCACACAGGAGAGAAGCCGUAUCACUAGCCUGGGAAAUCCCAUGCUGCUUUGCACAAUCGUUCCGAUCUGAAAAGACAGCAUGGAAACUAUGGUCUAAAGGCUCGCCUGAGUUAGGGAGCCAAUCAGAGAGUGGGGAGGGGUGGAAAGACGGUGACGCGUACUACUCGACAAACGGAAGCUUGUAGUUUAUUUGGGACUGUUUACGGAUCACAUUUAACAUGGCAGCGAGUGAUACAAACCAAACUUUCGAUCAAGCUUUGUCUUGCACAAACGGCAGUAAUCGUUCGGUGCCAUUGUUUUCCUAUUUUUAUUUUGCCUUCUCUUUCUCCUUCCUUCUCUUCUUCACCUCUUUGUCGCUCUAACUACGUCACCGGGUACAACUGCCAUGAUUGGCCAUGGGCUACAUAUACGCCAAAUGAUAGACAUUCGCAACGUCCAAUAAACAGCCGUUGAUAAUCGUAAACCACACCUCCCCUACGAGAAAUUCAAUAGGCGGAUUCCAGACCAUAUCUCACUUGUGAUAUGGUCUG